AUGGUUGCAAUCUCUCCUUUGAUCAACAACGGCUUGCUCCUCACCACCCAGCUGGUGUUCCAGGAUGUCGCUACUCCCAACCAGGCCUCUACUGAACAGUACAACUUGAUCAAGUACUUGGGUGGUGCUGGUCCAUACAUUCAACACCCGGGCUACGGUAUUUCUACUUCUAUUCCUGACCAGUGCACUGUUGAACAGGUCCACUUGUUGUCCAGACACGGAGAGAGGUUUCCAUCGAAGGGCAAGGGUCGCCUGUUUGAGGAGUUGUACGGCAGAAUCAAGAACCACACUGAAACGUUCGUUGGUGAAUUGGCGUUCCUCAACGACUACGAGUACUUUGUCACCAACAAGGAGUACUACGAAAAGGAGACGUCGCCUCAAAACUCCCAGGGUCUCUAUGCUGGUACCUCUGAUGCCUACAACCAUGGAGCUGACUUCAGAGCCAGAUACAGCGAUCUUUUUGCAAAGUCUCUGGAACCAUUGACCGUUUUUACUUCCAAUUCAGGCAGAUGCCAUGCUACGGCUAGAUACUUUGCCAGAGGUCUUUUUGGCGAUGACUACGGUGACGAAACCGCCAAGUUUGCUGUGAUUGCUGAAGAACGCAAAUACGGUGCCAACUCCUUGACUCCAAAUGUCGCUUGCAAGGACUGGAAAAAGGACGUCGACCACAGCUACAGAAACUUCAACACGGAUUUCUGGGAUGCCGCUAUUGAGAGAAUCUCCAAGGGCAACAACUUCAAGUUGUCCAAGGGCGACCUAAACACUUUGGUCGCCUGGUGUGCCUACGAAAUCAACGUCAGGGGCUCCUCGCCUUUCUGCAACUUGUUCACCAACGACGAGCUUGUCAAGAGCUCUUACCGUCUGGACAUCUCCUACUACUACAACAACGGUCCAGGCAACAAGCUCACCGAGACCAUCGGAGCUCCAUACUUGAACGCCACGUUGGCCUACUUGAAGGAGGAGAACCCUCCACAGAAGUUUGUCUUGUCUUUUACUCACGACACCAACAUUGAGAACUUCCACUCUGCCCUUGGCCUUUUGGCUCCAGAUGAGCCUUUGCCAUAUGACCACAUUCCUUUCCCUAUUCCAUACGCCCACUCCCUGAUUGUGCCCAUGGGCGCCAGAUUGUACACUGAAAAGUUGAAGUGUGGUGACGACAUUUACGUCAGAUUCUUGGUCAACGACGCUGUCAUUCCAGUUAAACACUGCCAGGACGGUCCAGGCUUUUCUUGUAAGCUUUCUGAUUACGAGGACUACGUGAACACCAGACUCGAGGGCAAGGACUUUGCCUCCCAGUGUCAGGCUGAGGAUGUGCCUGACCAGGUAACUUUCUUGUGGGACUAUGCUACGCAGAACUACUCUGCUCCAGACAUCGACUCGUAG